UGAGAACGACAGCAGUAACCGGCCAGAACAAACUCACCUGGACUCACGUGGACUCUGCCGGACAAGACUGCGGUGCAGCAGGGACCAGGUCUCGGCUGCUGUGAAGUGGACCAGCAGGGACCAGGUCUGGACCAGCAGCCUGAGAGGUGGGUCCAGGCUGUGAGUCAGUCUGUUUCCUGUCGGACGACUCAGACUGGAGCUGUCUGGUCAUGUAGGGUGUUGGUUUGAUUCCUCAGGACUUUGACUUGCUGCUCACUGAUUGGCCGAGACACCUGCUCCUCACAGACAGACAGGACGAACCAGACUGAUCUGAAGCAGGCAGGACUUCUUCUACCUGAGGUGGAGAGACACCGACUCACACACAGUGUGUACUUUGAUGUGUGUGUGUGUGUGAUUGGAGCUGCCAUUGCUGUGUUGCUGUGGCGAUGUUCCGUCGCAGGAAGAAAAGGCGAAGGCCUAAGAUCUCGGCGCCACAAGACUUCCAGCACCGCGUCCACACGUCGUUCAAUGCCGUCACGGGACACUACGUGGGUCUGCCGCUGCAGUGGCAGAGCGUCAUCGACACGCUGAGGAGGCCACGCCCCUUGGUGGAUCCCUCCAGGAUCACUGAGGUCGAGCUUGGACCCAGGAAGACGAUUGUCCGCGGCAGCUUCAUCGGUCACGGCGACUACAUCAGUCAUGUGAUCUCUGAGAUGAGCCAUCUCUCCGUGUCCAGCUCCAAUUCUCUGCGGCGCAGCAGCCCGUCGGCACGGAAACGGGCCCGGUCACUGGGCCGACUGGGAGAAAUGGUGGAGGACGAGACGUACCAGUACGAGGAGCUCAGUCGUCGUGGAGACCAUGGGAAGAGCGACGGGAGGUCCACCUACUGGCAGGACCGGAUCCAACAGGUCCGCAGGGAGAUCGGCAGCCCCAAACUGAACGGAGCUCUGCAGAGAGCCAAGUCCCACCGCCAGGUGGGGUCUGAAGCCACGCCCCCCACACUUGGUACACCUCAGAGGACAGGUGGGACAGGUGAGAUAGGUGGACGGUACGCCCGCAGUGAGGGGGCGGGGCUAAGACAGAGGCCGGCUUCCUGUCACUACAACCUGCAGACUGUGGAGACCGACAGCAGAACACACCUGAGACUGAAACCAGCUGUGAAUCACCUGCCGGACCUGCUGUCCUCCUCCAGACAAACUCCCAGAAGGCCACACUCUUCGUACGACCUCAAGCUGAACUCUACCUCCUCCCCCCUCCUGCUCCCUCCCCCUAACAGCACCAGCAGUCCCCUCGUCACAGGUAGAGGUUUACCUCAGCGCUUGCUCCGCCCCCACUCCAGCGUUAACAUUACUCCAAAAACACCCACUCCCCUGAUUCAGCCCUGCCCCUCCCCCACCGGAUCCCCGGCCUGCCCCCCCGCUCGGCCCCGCCCCUCCUCCACCCAGCAGACAGUGUCCAACGGAGGUGCUCAGACUGUGACCCAUGAGCAGUUCAAGGCGGCGCUGCAGAUGGUGGUGGACGCCGGAGACCCGAGGAUGAGUCUGGAGAACUUUGUGAAGAUCGGGGAGGGGUCCACAGGUGUGGUCUGCAUCGCCCGGGAGAGACACAGCGGACGACAGGUGGCCGUGAAGAUGAUGGACCUGAGGAAGCAACAGCGCAGAGAGCUGCUCUUUAAUGAGGUGGUGAUCAUGAGGGACUACCGGCACCAGAACGUGGUGGAGAUGUAUCGCAGCGCUAUGGUGGAGGAGGAACUCUGGGUAAUCAUGGAGUACCUGCAGGGCGGCGCUCUCACCCACAUCAUCAGUGAAACCAGGGUGAACGAGGAGCAGAUAGCGACGGUGUGUGAGAGCGUCCUGCAGGCGCUGGCCUACCUUCAUGCUCAGGGCGUCGUCCACAGAGACAUCAAGAGUGACUCCAUCCUCUUGACUCUGGAUGGGAGGGUGAAACUGUCAGACUUUGGUUUCUGCGCCCAGAUCAGUAAAGAUGUCCCGAAGAGGAAGUCUCUGGUUGGGACUCCGUACUGGAUGGCCCCCGAGGUGAUCUCCAAAACACCAUAUGGUACCGAGGUGGACGUCUGGUCUCUGGGGAUCAUGGUGGUGGAGAUGGUGGAUGGAGAGCCGCCAUACUUCAGCGACACGCCCAUCACCGCCAUGAAGAAGCUGAGAGACGAAGCAGCACCGAGCGUGAAGAACAUCCAGAGGGUGUCUCCCGUGUUGAAGGACUUCCUGGGCUGCAUGUUGACUCGUGACACGCUGCAGCGAAGCAGCGCCAUCACCCUGCUGGAGCACCCGUUCCUACUGCAGGCCGGGUCACCGCGCUGCCUGGUGCCGCUGGUGGAGCAGCACCGCAAACGCAUGUCACUCUGCUGAACACUUGAGACCACCUGAGACUCACCUGAGACUCUAAGGUUGCAGAAACUGCAGGAACUCUGGGUUGCUUUGUUUUGUACGAACAGAGAACCAUCAGCUCCGUCUCUUUUUGGUUGCUAAGAAGACUGUCAACUUCAGCAGCCAAUCACAUACCAGUGCUGCUGUAAGCCCCUCCCUGCAGCUGCCAGAGCAGCAUCGAGGAAUUAAUCUGAUUUUCUUCAUCACUUUGUCUAAAACAUCAGGAAAAUAAAAAAUAAAAUUAUGAGUAUGAACACGAGUUUAACAAACAGGUGAAGAAAAAAAGAAUCUUGUUUGUAUGUUUUUAUUGGUUAAUGCACGUACUGAGUAUUUUAUUGAUUAUUAAUUAUCUCCUGUGAUGAUGAUCAGUGAUGAGGAGCUCUGUCUUGCACAGAAAGUGU